GCCCCCGCCCCGGCAGAUCCGGGCAAAGCCGGUGAUGGAGCGCUGGGAGACCCCCUACAUGCACGCGCUGGCCCGCGCCGCCGCCUCCAGAGGGGGCCGUGUCCUGGAGGUGGGCUUUGGCAUGGCCAUCGCGGCCUCUAAGGUGCAGGAGGCCGCCGUGCAGGAGCACUGGAUCAUCGAGUGCAACGAGGGAGUCUUCCAGCGGCUGCAGGACUGGGCCCCGCGGCAGCCCCACCAGGUGGUCCCCUUGAAAGGCCUUUGGGAGGAUGUGGCACCCACCCUGCCUGAUGGUCACUUUGAUGGCAUCCUGUACGACACGUACCCGCUGUCGGAGGACACCUGGCACACACACCAGUUCCGCUUCAUCAAGGACCACGCCUUCCGCCUGCUGAAGCCCGGGGGUGUCCUCACCUACUGCAACCUCACGUCCUGGGGGGAUAUGAUGAAGUCCCAGUACUCGGACAUCAGCACCAUGUUCGAGGAGACUCAGGUGCCGGCGCUGCUGGAGGCCGGCUUCCGGCGGGAGGACAUCCACACAGAGGUGAUGGCGCUGGUCCCGCCGGCCGACUGCUGCUACUACAGCUUCCCGCAGAUGAUCACGCCCCUGGUCACCAAGCGCUGAGCCCCCGGGCCCGGCCUCGGGCUCCUGGACGGCCGCCCUGCCGCCUGUGCUUGGCAUGGGUGCCCCGGCCCGGCCCCUCCUGCCUUGGGGUCAAUAAACCCUGCCCGCUGCCUGCA